CUCUGAACAAACGUUGCACCACCCACCAUCCAUCCAUUGAGUUGGGUACCCGCCUUUCCUCCUCUCGGAUCGACGUGGAUCACUCGAAAGCCAAUGCGGAUUUUUUCUUCUGUCGACUUCGUCACCAGACCCUGAAGACAAACCCUGCUGCCUACCGUGUCCUGUCCACACCCCCAUACCCCCCAUCGCUCCCUACCGAUCCAUUGACCACUGCCGGGCCAAAGGUACAACCAUCCGAUCUCCCGAGGGUUGCAACUAACCCGCUGGGUCAUUGCUCACAAUGGCUACUUGGGCUUACCCGCCUCUACCCCCAGAGCGCCUAGAACAGGAAGUCGACUCCGCGUUGGCGAAAGAGCUAGAAUGGCUAUUACGUUCGCUGCAAGACUCCCUUACCUCGCUACGAGAGGGCCUCCAUGAAUGCGCAGCUCUAUUGGCACCCAAGGAGCCGGGAUCAACACUCGUCCUCUCUUCUCUACGCUCUGAAAAUGUGAAAGGCUUUGUGACUCGGGUUGGGACAAAGAUCGUGAAGGGCGACAUCCAACUCCGUCUUAGCUCCCUUGCCUCGCGGGGCUCGGCCACUACCCGCUUGUGCCUGGCAAAUACCCCUACAACACCCGAACUCAUUCUAAAUCAGCUAGUCUCGGUCAAAAACUUGGUCAAUCAAAGUCUCGACAUUGUCGAUGUAAGCACCUGGACCGGUGACCCGCUCAACGCGGGCUUCAUCUACAGCCAACUGCACCUCCUGCGCGAGACGAUCAGUGAGGCACGGCAGAUGCUGAAGGGCGAAAGCGAUAAGGUUAGAGGCAAGUGGUGGGAGACAAGUGCGCAAGAGGAGAUGUUUGACCCCCCGCUACCGGCAUACUUAUCAUUCCAUCUAUCCAUUGCGGACUCGGCUUUAGUCCUGUAUUUGAGGACGCUAGAAUCUAACACCCCCGUCCAUACGCCAACUGCAUUCGCGACUGACAUAUCUCUCACCGGGUUCAAUCUGCGGGACCGGUUGUUUGGAAGCCGUCAUCGUCCUCACGACGAGGCAGGCGAUGUCUUCACCUGGAAGGGGGAUGAAGUCAAGGUGAGGGAGAAGAUUCGCGUAGAGAGCCAGGACCCUAGCCUUAUGGCCGUGAUGGCCAAACUAACCGCUCUUGAGCACGAAGUGCUGAAGUGGAUAUCAGCUCUCAAGGUGCUCAUGGGCAACGAAGAUACGGACAGCGAGUCUCAGUAGUACGUCCAGCUAGUAUAACCAGCUUUGUAAAUAGGUCUAUUAUUAUGCAUCCAACAUUUCC